UACACAAACACGGAGAUCAAGAUCACACAAAGAUAUAAGUGGAGAUUGUGGUGCAAUAGUAUGAUCGAUUUGAGUGGUGUCUUUAAAACUACACUAUUUUAGAACUUUGUUUUGGAAGACGACAAUGAUAAAAGUAUUCAACGAUAUUCACAUGGUGUAAGAAAUAAUUGUUGCUGCACUUCUGCGUGCAUCCAUCGAGGACUGAACUUGAACUGAUUUUGUGCCCACCUUUUUCGUGAUGGGGACACUCAGUCUUUGGAAACAAACGCAAUCUGUAACAUACAAAGCAAGCAUUUGCUCUAAAGGUACAGUGUUUCUGGUCAUUUGUUCAAUUUUGACAUUUGUACCACCAUUCCUCAUUGCGUAUAGAAGCAAUGGAUUUUGGCUGAAAGUGGCAACAUACCGGGAACAGCCAGACAUUAACUUCAAGCACAGUGUAAUCACUAUGGUAGAUGUUGUUAAUCCUGAUGGCUACAUUAUCUGGUCAACAUUUCCCACACUGAAUGCAAUGGUGGCCAGGAACUAUAGAGCCCCAGUUGUAUCAAGCUACGAAGAGGAUCUCAACCAGGACGGCAAGAAAGAUAACCUGAAUCUAGAAAUUGAAGUGCCAUUGGAAGAAGGUGAAAGAGUUCAUGCUGUUAAACUGCUGCUUGGUUUUGACUUCCGUCUGUACACCAUGACAAGACUUCAGAUGAACUCUUUGAUUUACAUUGCUUCCUCUUCAGCAAUAGCAAGCAACCAGCUAACCGUGAUUGGCGACAUCACACUGAGCCAGAGGGAGCCACUGAAGCACAGAGGUGUGAACAACUACCUGAAGGAAAACAUCAUCAAACCUGACAGCACAGAUCCGGAGGACUACGACAUUGCCACAAUCCUGGAGAACUAUGCUAGGAGAAAUCUGACAACUCACCUGUCAAACCCAUUCCACGUGUGGACGCCCAGGGGAGAGUCAGCAUCAUCCUUCCUGCUGAGGGUGCGCCUCCAGUACCCAACGCUCAACCUGGAGUACACCCCGGGUGUAUGGCAGGUGCUGAAGAUGGCGUGGGUGCAGUACCUGGCCAUUCUGGUCGUGUUCACUGUCAUCUUCUGGAGGAUCAAGGAGUAUGUGUUCACCAAUCAGAUUGUUCCGACCUGGGCGGCGGCUUCUGAUGCUGCAGGGAAGUGGCAGUAGGUUGAGGCUGCCACUUUUGUGCUGUGUAAGUCUGAUGACAAUUGAAGUGUUCCUAGUCACCAACUUCAGUGCACAUUCACAGCAUGUUUCUCAUUGUGUCAUACAUAUGUAGUUUUUCUGCACCAAGCACUUAGCUUCAUUGUUUGCCAAUUCAUGCUCAUGAGGCUGACAAGUAGUACAUCAUUUUUCAUGUCAGUAGAUUGUACCUAUCUCUCUCUGUAUUGAAUCUGGUUGUGAGCCUGCUAGAUUAAUGGAGAGCUUGAAUAACUGCCUUGCAACAAUGCUAUCAAAGCUAUGAUCUCAGCAUUUGAAGUGUCAUCAGUAAUUUGGGUACUCUUGGCACAAAUACAUAUCAAUUCUGACUUACCA